CUGGCCCGCUGUCAUCGCCUGCACCUUGUCGCAGCCCCCUGUGCUUCUCUCCGACCGCAAGCCACGCAACCCUAGCGUUUAUAAAUCCCAUACCCACCCCCCAUCCUGCUCUCCGUCUCGCGGUGAGAAGCCAUUACCCUAUCUCACCCUCUCCCUUCCGCCGAUCGCAUUCAAGAAUUCGAUUCGUCGCCGCCGGUCUCCUCCUUCACCUCCUCCAUUCCAAGAAGGAGGAGAACAGAUCUCUACAGCUCGAACGGGGGUGAUGGCUCUCUCGGCGUCCGACGUCCAGACCGUUUACUCUCUUCUCUCCAACGCGCUGUGCUCCGACGAGAACCUCCGCAAGCCGGCGGAGGCCGCGCUCGCACAGUGCGAGAACCGCCCCGGCUUCUGCUCUUGUCUUCUCGAGAUAAUCGCAGCGAGGGAUUUGGCCUGCCGGGAAGAUGUCCGGCUUCUGGCUUCGGUGUACUUCAAGAACAGCAUCAGCCGCUACUGGAGGCAUAGGCGAGAUAGCCCAGGCAUCAGCAAUGAAGAAAAGAUUCAUCUUCGAAAGAAAUUGCUGUCACACAUACGUGAGGAGAAUACUCAGAUAGCAAAUCAAUUGGCUGUUCUUCUCUCCAAAAUUGCACGCAUUGAUUAUCCAAAAGAAUGGCCGGAGCUCUUCUCUUUUUUGGUGCAACAGCUCCAGUCAGCUGAUAUGCUUGCUUCGCAUAGGAUUUUUAUGGUUCUUUUUCGAACUUUAAAGGAGCUAUCAACAAAACGCCUUAUUUCGGACCAGAGGACCUUCUCAGAGAUAGCUUCACACUUGUUCGAGUAUACUUGGACCCUCUGGAAGAGUGAUGUGCAGACCAUCCUGCAGAAUUUCUCUGCUCUUUUGCAAUGCAUUAACAUGAAUUCCUCAGCGGAGCAACAAAAUGAUCUGCUUUUAAUGUGUGAAAGAUGGUUGCUUUGUUUAAAAAUAAUUCGGCGACUGAUUAUUUCUGGCCACCCAAGUGAUACAACAUCAGCACAGGAGGUUCGGCAGGUUAAGGAAGUCUCUCCUGUGCUUUUGAGUGCCAUUCAAUCAUUUCUGCCAUACUACUCUUCAUCCCUAGAAGGACAGAUUAAGUUAUGUGACUUCAUGAAGAGAGCAUGCACGAAAUUAAUGAAAGUUUUGGUUGCAUUGCAAUGCAAACAUCCUUAUUCGUUUGGUGACCAAACUGUUCUUCCAGCUGUUUUAGACUUCUGCUUGAAGAAGAUAACAAAUCCUGAACCAGCAAUUUCAUCUUUUGAGCAGUUUUUAAUUCAAUGCAUGGUCUUGAUCAAAUCAGUAUUGGAGUGUAAAGAAUACAAACCAACUCUCACUGGUCGUGUGAUUGAUGGAAGUGGGGAAUCCCUAAGUUUAGACCAAAGGAAGAAGAGCAUCGCUAUGGCUGUUGGUGACAUUAUUAACACUGUUUUGCCUAGCGAGGGCAUAAUAUUGCUGUGUAACAUUUUGAUAAGAAGGUAUUUCAUUUAUACAGCAAAAGAUUUGGAUGAGUGGUAUCAGAGUCCAGAGUAUUUUCAUCAUGAGCAGGAUAUGAUUCAGUGGACAGAAAAACUGAGGCCAUGUGCUGAAGCUCUAUAUAUUGUUCUGUUUGAGAAUUAUAGACAUCUCCUUGGUCCUGUGGUCGUUUCCAUUCUUCAUGAGGCAAUGAAUUGUUGCCCACCUUUAGAAAUCGAAAUUACUCCUGGAAUGCUUCUAAAAGAUGCUGUUUAUAGUGCUGCUGGCCAUGCAUAUUAUGAGCUUUCUAGUUACCUCAUCUUCAAUGAAUGGUUCCACGGAUCUCUAAGUAUAGAACUUGCAAAUGACCAUCCAAAUAUGCGCAUUAUUCAUCGAAAAAUUGCAUUAAUACUUGGGCAGUGGGUUUCCGAGAUCAAAGGUGAAACUAGAAAGCUGGUGUAUUGUGCUUUGAUCAAAUUGCUUCAAGACAAUGAUAUAGCUGUCAGACUGGCAGCUUGUCGGUCUCUAUGCUAUCUUGUUCAGGACACCAAUUUUUCGGAAGAAGAUUUUUUUGAGCUUCUACCAACUUGUUGGAGUUUAUGUUUCAACUUGAUGGAAGAUGUUCAAGAAUUUGACUCAAAGGUUCAAGUUUUGAAUUUGAUAUCUGUACUGAUUGAACAUGUUGGUGAGAAAAUUGCUCCAUUUGCAAGUCAGUUGGCAGAUUUCUUCCACAAGAUCUGGGAGGAAUCAACCGGUGAAAGUUUAUUACAGAUUCAACUCCUAGCAGCCCUACGGAAUUUUGUGUUUUCUUUAGGUUAUCAGUCAUCCAUUUGCUAUAAUGUGCUUUUACCUAUCUUACAAAAGGGCAUUGACAUAGACAACCCUGAUGCUCUCAAUCUUCUGGAGGACAGUAUCCUGCUAUGGGAGGCAACACUUUCUAAUGCUGCUUCAAUUGUGCCCCAACUGCUAGAUUUUUUCCCAUAUCUAGUUGCUAUUACUGAAAGAAGUUUUGACCAUUUGAAGGUUUGCGAUCAAGUGGCAGUCAGUAUCAUUGAGGACUAUGUAAUUUCUGGUGGGAUUGGAUUUCUGAACAGGCACGCUUCAAGUUUAGCUAAAUUACUUGAUGUCAUCGUUGGAAAUGUUAAUGACAAAGGACUGCUUUCAACUCUUCCCGUCAUUGAUAUUCUAGUCCAGUGCUUUCCUGUGGAGGCGCCUCCGUUGAUAUGUGGAGUUCUUCAGAAACUCAUUCUUAUAUGCUUGAGUGGAGAAGAUGAUUGUAAUCCUUCCAGGACAGCAGUGCGUAUAUCUGCUGGAGCCAUUCUUGCAAGGGUCCUGGUGAUGAAUACGAACUAUCUUGCCCAGUUAACAUCUGAACCAUCUCUUUCAAUAGCCCUUCAGCAAGCAGGGCUUUCUGUUAACCAGAACGUACUUCUCUGUUUGGUUGAUGUUUGGAUCGAUAAGAUAGAUAAUGCUACUGCCAUACAGAGAAAGAUUUGUGCGUUGGCUCUUUCUAUUAUUUUGACUUUAAGAGUGCCACAAGUUAUUGAUAAACUUGAUGACAUCCUAAGUGUUUGUACGAGUGUUAUUCUGGGAGGAGGCAGAGAGUUAAGUGAGGAAGAUCCCAGUGGUGAUGCAACAAGUUCUUCGGGGCCCCACAAUGAAAGUCAUGGAUAUGGUGGUUUUGCAAGUAAAGAGUUCAGGAAAAGACAGAUAAAGGAUUCAGAUCCCAUCAGGCAGUUGUCAUUGGAGGAUGUCCUGAGGGAAAAUCUAAAAGCGUGUGCAGCUUUUCAUGGGGAUGCUUCUUUUAAUGCGGCUAUUAGCAGAAUCCAUCCAUCAGCGUUUGCCCAGUUACAGCAAGCAUUGAAGAUGGCUUAGAGAAUGUGGAAUAUACAACUUCAUUUCUUUAAUAUGUUGGGUUCUUUGGAAGCAGAAUAGGUUCUACUACACCAUGGGUUACGCUGUUUCCACGAAUUGCUUACAAAUGCCUUUAUCCUAGAUCUAACAUGUCGGAUCAUUCAUUUUCAGGUGUCUUCUAGUGCUCUCGCCUGCUUGCUUGUUCUUUUUUCCCUCAAAAGUUGCUUCUGUCGAUUGACCUUCACAGAAUGCUGUAGAAUAUCUCAUACGGAUAUUGAGUAGUUGCUUGGGGAGUGAAAAUACAACAUAGGGGAAAAGAAAUACGUGAUUGGCAUCGAGCAGAGUAGCUAGCAUUCAAGUUCUUCAGCUGCUGCGUCUCUGCAUCCUAUGAUAUGGUUUCAUAAGUUAUUGGGUAGGUAGCUCCCAUACAAAGCAGGCAGUUCGUUUUUUUGUUUGUCCUGCUUCAAGCUAGACUGCAAUAUUGCCAGGUGGUGUUGUAUUUCCGUGUGAAUUUGGAACUGGGAGUGGGUCUGUGUGCCAUGAAAGUAGGUGUGUGACUCUGGCCUCAGAUGGUCGUCAUGGAGAUUGGCCUCUUCCUCACAGCAAAAGCAUUCAUUUUUGCAUGAUCUAUUGUAUCUAUUGAAUUUUAUGAAAGGACAUGGUAAUCAGCGUGAUGGUACCUUUAUUGGAGCUGCCCGUAAACUGUUGACACAUGAAUCAGAUUUUUUGUGCGUGCUACGCUUGCAUGCAUCCUUUUGCAUGUACGAAGCAGAAAGAGCCCAAUCAUUUUGUGCCAGAAAUGAAUUUUUUUCGGGAGAAAGCAUGUUUGUAGUGCAUCCAUAACAUACUGGUGACAGGGCAGGUGGGCGAUAUUUCCCAUCCUGCCAAAUGGCCUUUCGAGUAGAAUUAUCCCCGAGAGAAAAUGAUCCCCGGUCGGAGAGGAUGACUUAUUCCGGUCUUUUCGCAGAAUAGGGAAACCAGCGGAAUGGAGCGCAAUCAGCUGCCCGUUAUCUUUUCCUCCCUGUAUUUAAACACAGGACGAGAGAAGGCAAUUUUAUCCGCUUGUGCAGAAAAUCAAAAAGUAAUUUAAGUCAUGUUUUGUAGAAGCAGCCCUGUCACUUCAAACUUAAGUAAGUUUGCUUUAUUCUUUUUCAAAAUUUACUUGUCAUUCGAACGCAGCCUCACGAAAAUGAUACAUAUCGUUCGGCAGAA